AAAUAGGGACAGGAAACUCCUCUUCUGUUCUCAAUUUCUCAACAAUCUCUCAGCACUCCAGAACAAGAACCUACCCUCCAAAUUAAAUUACCAGAACCCACUGGAAGGAAAAAACCAAAAAAAGUGUAUAAAUAUGAACAUCUGGGACUAGAAAAGAACGCCACAUCACUCUGUUUUUUGCCCUUUUCUUCAUAGUUAUAACCAACAGCAAAUUGCCAACUUUGAAAAAAGGACACGAAUCAAACUUCCACCUUGGCAAUCAAAAAACACAACCGAUUUCUUCCUCAAAGAGUCCAAAUUUAUACAUUUCUUUUUUAGCCAUUAGUCAAAAUGUACACAAAUUGAUCGUAUACAAAUCGGAAAAUACCCGCUUAUUAGUCGUAGCCGUGUGACUUAGAAUGCAAAUGUGAGAAAAGGGAUCGUUUUUGUUCAUCUUCUUCUCCGUCAACUUUUUAUUGCUCUGAGUAAUUUCUUUGUUUUCGGGUUCUUUUCAAAAAUCUUGGAAAAAGAGGAGAGAAGAGAGUUUUGGGGCUCUAGUUUUUGUUUUCUUUUUUCUUUUUGAUUUCUCCUAAGCCUCGGUUUCUUCGCGUGCCCUUUUAGUUUUAGUAUUCAUCAAGGGAAGAUUCUUCUGGCUCUGGCCCUUAUAUAAAGGAUGGCAACUGCUGUGUUUCAGCAAGCCCUUGGGACUCUUCAAUCCCAUGGUUGCUUCGGUAGUUCUGGAUUUCCUCCAGAAAGUUCAAAUAGUUCAUUGAAGUUGAUCUCAAAGGGAUUCAAGGUCGAUGUAGCCUUCAUCAAGAGUGGAAACCACUGCUUUAGGAACAAAAGUUUUAGUGUAAUUCAUGCCUCAACUUCUCAGGCAACAGUUUUUGACCCUGUUUCAGCUCCAUCAAGUAAUACGACAAGUGACUCAAAAAAGAAAUCAAGUGAGGCUGCCUUGAUCCUGAUCAGGCAUGGUGAGUCAAUGUGGAACGAAAAAAACUUGUUUACAGGCUGUGUGGAUGUCCCAUUGACCAAGAAAGGUGUGGAAGAGGCAAUUGAGGCUGGGAAAAGGAUCAGCAACAUUCCUGUCGACGUGAUCUACACAUCUUCUUUGAUUCGUGCCCAGAUGACUGCUAUGUUAGCAAUGACCCAGCACCGCCGUAAGAAGGUUCCGAUCAUUCAGCAUGAUGAGAAUGAUCAGGCACGGGCAUGGAGUCAAAUUUUCAGUGAAGAGACCAAAAAGCAAUGCAUUCCAGUUAUAACAGCUUGGCAAUUAAAUGAAAGAAUGUAUGGUGAACUCCAGGGUCUGAAUAAGCAGGAAACAGCUGAUCGCUAUGGAAAGGAACAAGUUCACGAGUGGCGCCGUAGUUAUGAUAUACCUCCUCCAAAUGGUGAGAGCUUGGAGAUGUGUGCUGAGAGAGCCGUUGCCUAUUUUCAAUCACAGAUUGAACCCCAACUUCGGUCCGGUAAACAUGUAAUGAUUGCUGCUCAUGGAAACUCAUUGAGGUCUAUCAUAAUGUAUCUUGACAAGCUGACUUCCCAAGAGGUUAUAAGUUUGGAACUUUCUACUGGUAUACCCAUGCUUUACAUAUUCAAGGAGGGAAGUUUCAUUCGAAGAGGAAGUCCAGUAGCCCCUACAGAGGCAGGGGUUUAUGCUUAUACCAAGGUUAGCUCUUUGACAGCUUUGGAUCUGCAUAAUCAGCAUCUUUCCCAUAUAUUUUAUUUGAAAGGCUUAAUAUACAUACUCGUUUUGUAUUCAGUUUAAACACAAAAGAUGAAAUAAAAGUACAAAAAGCUGUUUUUUUAGAGGUAAAACGUGAGAACUGGGGAUUUCGCUUAACGUCCUUUGAUAAUACAUUUAGGACAAAACCAAGCAAAAACCAAAUGUUAACCUCAAAACAUUGUCUUCAUCCAUAGAUUCAAGUGAACGCACAAAUCAAUCCACAUGUAUGCAUUAAUUGUAAGUUCUGAGAUAUUAUGUUGAAGGAUAUAUCCUCAGUACACACAGUCUUUGCUUCGAGUAUGGACAUAUCAACCGAAUAGUCAGCAAAGGUGCCCAUCUACGGUUCAGAUAGUCUAUUAAUUGGGAAAGAGAGUGUUCCUGCGGCAUGUGUCUGAGCUAUCCUUUCAAACGUCCGCCUUGUUACUCUCUGUCUUCUAGUGUUUAUGUUGUUGAUUAAACCUUUCCUUCCUGACUUGAACUCUGCAGCGUUUAGCCCAGUACAGGCAGAAGUUAGAUGAGAUGCCUGAAUAAUGGAUCAAAGGUACCAAUCUUUGGUUUUAUUAACCAGAGCUUUUCUAAUUUAUAUUGGAUAUCAUCUCAUGAAUUUUUAUUUAUUAUUAUCAUUUAUUUAUUUAUUUAUUUUACAGGGUUGGCUUUUGUUUGUCAAUACAAGCUUCAUGAUCAGUCGAAACUGCGUGGAUAACUUACAUACAUCUUGCAUGGACGCUGAUAGGCUAGUAGCUACUGUAUUUUUUUGUACCUUCUGUAGUGUUAAUCAGGUUUCCAUACUGUCAUAUGGUUUAGAAGGGUAAUCCAUCUUCUGAUGUUUACUGUGUAAAAGAAAUCAAGGACUCUGAAUUGGUAAUUGGUCUUUUUUGUCUGUGGGCUAUGUGUUAUGCAUGUAGAGAUAUACAAAAAGAAGUUUGAGAGAAUUCAUACAAGUGAAUCUUCUCUUACAAUUGUUUUGAGUUUCCUCUACUUUAGUGACAAAGUUUGAGACCUCGUUUUAUAGGCUCGGAGUGAGUUUUUUUUCAGAGCUCAGGCACCGCAGAAUGUUGGUCUUCAUUUAUGAUUUCACUUCCACCA